UAGAAGUCUGGAUGAUUGAUAGUAUCGAUUCCACCUACUUACAGAUAUCAUUGAAUGUAACACCAGAAGUGCCAAAUGUCACGUGAACGCCACGUGCAGCGUCACUAUUGAUGGCUACAUUUGUAAAUGCAAAGACAAUAUGAUCGGAGAUGGACUCUUAUGCGUGGGAUUCAAAGGAUAUCGUUUUCAUUGGGCACUCAAUGGGUCUGAUCCAAAUAUAAGUUUGUACAAUGGUGCUUCCUAUCAAAAUACUGAUAGCAGGAAAGUACUGUACUUGAAUGGAUCCCGGCAUUCCUACGCAGAAACCCCAGCACUCCCGAUCCGAGCUAUCAGCUUUAGUAUCAUGUGUUGGAUAAAGGUUUUGAGCCUUCCAAGUGAUCAUGAAGUUCAUAUCUAUUCUGACUGGUCAGAACCACAUCAGUUCAGAAUCUAUAUUUCUGGUUGGCAUGAAAUUUGUGCUCAGCUUCGAAAUCCUCAUGGACAUGAUAUAGUUUAUCCCUGUAUCUGGUAAGUGCAUAAGAUACAUCUUUUCUUUUCCUACGUGCUAUUAAUAAAAUUGGAAGAGACACGUAGAGCACUCAAAUGUGUAUCCCAGAGCGAUUUACCUUCCUAGGAGGUAUAUUGAGAAGCGGAGAUUUGCACAAAGCCUCAUUCCCUUUUGUGUUCUGUUCUCUCAUAAUCAAAGGAAGACCAUCCCCAGUAAAUGGAUGCACGUGGCGUUCACAUGGAGCCGAGAUAGAAAAGAGGGAAUUCUGUACAUUGAUGGAAUUAUAAAAGGUAGCAAGAGUGUUUCUAAUGGUCCUUUAGACCUGAU